AUGGUGCAGAGGCUACACGGAGUCCGUCUCGCGGACUGUAUUCUGCAGCUCAAGCGUGGCCAAUUGUCCCUCAUCAGCUCCACUCAAUAUUGUAUCUGUGCCCUCCUCCUGGUGGCCACGGUGCGCGCCGGAGAGACGGAGGACAAGAAGGCGACCAAGAAGGCCGAACCCCUUGAGAAGAAGCUCGACAAGCGUGGUCUUCUCAAUCUGGGCUACGGCUACGGAAUCAAUGGGCUAGACCUGGGAUACCUGGGCAGUGGCCAUGGAUUCGGUGGCGCCUACCACAGUGGAUUCGCCCACGGAGGCUACUCCUCCUACGAUCACAGCGGCUACGGCCACGGAUACCUUCUGGGAGGACACACAGAUGUUACCAAGACCGUAACUCUCGUCAAGGGUGUCCCAGUGCCACAUGUUGUGGAGAAGCACGUCCCAGUUGUGCACGAGAAGCACGUGCCCUACCCCGUUAAGGUGCCAGUGCCCCAGCCCUAUGAAGUGGUGAAGCACGUCCCAGUUCACGUUAAGGAGUACGUCAAGGUGCCAGUUCACGUGCCCCAGCCCUACCCAGUGGAGAAGAAGGUGCCCUACCCCGUGCACGUUCCAGUCGAUCGUCCUUACCCCGUGAAGGUGCUCGUGCCUCAGCCCUACGCCGUGGAGAAGCACGUCCCAGUGCCCGUGAAGGUGCCCGUUCCACAGCCCUACGAGGUCGUGAAGCACGUGCCCUACCCCGUGAAAGUUGAGGUGCCAGUGCCGCAGCCCUACCCCGUUGAGAGGAAGGUCGCCGUGCCCGUGAAAGUGCCCGUUGAUCGCCCAUACCCCGUUCAUGUGCCCCAGCCCUACCCCGUGCACGUGGAGAAGCCCGUGCCGUACGUGGUGGAGAAGCCUGCCCCAUACCCCGUGCACGUGCCCGUCGAUCGCCCAGUGCCCGUUGUGCACGAGAAGCACGUGCCGGUACCCGUGAAGGUGCCCGUGCCACAGCCCUACCCCGUGGAGAAGCACGUGCCCUACCUGGUGGAGAAGCCCUACCCCGUGCCAGUGAAGGUGCCCGUCGACCGUCCAGUGCCCGUCGUUCACGAGAAGCACGUGCCAGUCGUGCACGAGAAGCCCGUUCCUGUGCCAGUGAAGGUGCCCGUGCACGUGCACACAGACGUUCACCAUGUUCAUGACGUUCACCACCUUCAUGAUGCCCACCACGAUCUCCACCACGAUUUCCACCACGAUGUGCAUCAUCACGAUCUGCACGAUGGCAGCUACACCAGCUUCAGCGGCCUGGGCGGAGAGUACUCCUACCACCACUAAGCCACCAAAAGCCACCCCUUUCGAAAUUGCCAGAGACGCGAAAGAUGUCUUCUUCCAAACGCUCAACUUAACCCCCACCAAGAAGUUCUCUUUCUCGACCUCUUCCCACAAAAUGAAAUUCCCGGACUCUUCACAUCCUCACAGCCUCUCGGUCCUCCUGUCUCCCACCCUCUCCGAUCUUGUGUAUAAUUUAUAUAUUUGUGUACCUAUAUAGUGUUUUUUUACCAUUAAAUUGUGUAUAAAAAAGAGAUGUAUAUGAAAUAAAAGUUGA